AACCCGAGAUCGAGUCCAUCGCCCUCACUCUUUGAUUGCGGCUCCCCCUGCGGCUUCGCUACAGCUUGCCAAUUAUGUUGGCAAGGUCGACUUUGCGCCCGGCGCGCGUCCUCAAUGGGCUUCGAAAUGGCGCCGUCAACGUCUCCAAGCGUGCUGCCUCGACGAGCUCGGAAGCUUCUCCCGCGCGCCUGAACUUCGCCGCUAUUGCUUCCACCACCCUCGCCGCCGGCUCCAUGGCCUGGUACUACCAUCUCUACGGACCCGUCGCUUUUGCUUCGUCCCCUGCUGAGGAGGGUCUCCACGCUACUCAGUACCCUUGGGUUCACCAGCAGUUCUUCAAGACCUUUGACCACCAGGCUCUCCGACGUGGUUUCCAGGUCUACCGAGAGGUCUGCGCCAGCUGCCACUCCCUGUCCCGAGUCCCCUACCGAGCUCUCGUCGGUACCGUCCUGACUGUCGACGAGGCCAAGGCCCUGGCUGAGGAGAACGAAUACCCCGAUGAGCCCGAUGAGCAGGGUGAGAUCCCCAUGCGACCCGGAAAGCUGGCCGACUACAUUCCUCCUCCUUACAAGAACGACGAGGCUGCCCGAUUUGCCAACAACGGUGCCCUUCCCCCGGAUUUGAGCUUGAUCGUCAAGGCCCGCCACGGUGGCUGCGACUACAUCUUCAGCUUGUUGACUGGUUACCCUGAGGAGCCCCCGGCUGGUGUCCAGGUCGCCCCCGGCAUGAACUUCAACCCUUACUUCCCCGGCACUGGUAUUGGUAUGGCUCGUGUUCUGUACGACGGUCUCGUCGAGUACGAGGAUGGCACUCCCGCCAGUACCUCCCAGAUGGCCAAGGACGUUGUCGAAUUCCUCAACUGGGCUGCCGAGCCUGAGAUGGACGAGCGCAAGAAGAUGGGCAUGAAGGUGUUGGUUGCCACCACAGCUCUGUGGGCCAUCAGCGUCUACGUUAAGCGAUACAAGUGGGCUUGGCUGAAGUCCAGGAAGAUUACCUACGAUCCCCCUGCAGAGACCAAGGUCCGCCGAUAAGGGAGGUGAUAAUUCCCUGUGUGUACGUGUAUACUACUAGUCUCCUCCUUAGAAAAAAAAAGCUCUUUUGUUGGCGGAGGCGGGUAAAAUGGAUUGGUUGUUUCAGAUACGAUGUGAUGCAUGUAUGUAUGGUGGUGACUGGCUGUGUUAGAGCUUUGAAAGAAGAAAAAAAUCAGACGCCGUUUUAAUGCU